GACGCCUGAGCCGAAACGCUUCCCCAGUGUGUGUGUGUGUCAGUGCAGACACACACACCCUCUCCCUCGUCAGUCUCAGUUAUCAGAUAUUUCUACCCUGCCUGGUCCGGAACCCUGCCAGCCAAGCGGAUAAUGGCCCUACUCUCUCUCCAGUUACCCCUCAGAGUGUAAGGAGCCGAGACCACGUCUCACACACACACACACACACACACACACACACACACACACACACACACACACACACACAGACACUUCCCUGACAGCUCUGCUGGGUGAUGACAUCAUGACCGGGGCGUUACUGAACGGGGGGAAAUGCGGCAGACACACACACUCCUCGAUUCUCGCUCCUCUGACGCCCGAAGUCUUCGAACACAAAUCGCUAGAGAUGGAGGCAGCUUCGGUCCACAAAGCUUCCUGUGUUUGGAUUUGUAUUAACAGUUAUCAGCCUUACUCCCACACCCCUUCCCAACCCCGGUGCCUCUAGAGGGGCCCGUCGACCCAGGAUGCAGGGGGGCUCUGGUGCGGCCCAGCCCCAGCCACGAUGCCCAUCACCCAGGAGAACGCUCUGAGCCACAUCCGUCUACUGGAGGACUGGCUCCUGGUGGCCCAGACCAGGUACGAGGAUCACUAUGGAGACCCAGACCAGCAGUCCACCACCAGCAGAGACCCAGACCAGCAGUCCACCACCAGCAGAGACCCAGACCAGCAGUCCACCACCAGCAGAGACCCAGACCAGCAGUCCACCACCAGCAGAGACCCAGACCAGCAGUCCACCACCAGCAGAGACCCAGACCAGCAGUCCACCACCAGCAGAAACCCAGACCAGCAGUCCACCACCAGCAGAGACCCAGACCAGCAGUCCACCACCAGCAGAGACCCAGACCAGCAGUCCACCACCAGCAGAGACCCAGAUCAGGACUCGUACCAGGAGUCAGAACACGAGGAGGACGCCUGCAGCGCGGUCAACAGCGGCGGCUACAGACGUACCAGCGGAGACAUGUCUCUAUGUCGGGCCGCUAUACAGAAACUGGUGGAAUACAUCCAGCUCAACUUCCCAGAGGAAGGAGAGAUCCAGAGAACCGCCCUCCGACCCACGAUGCCGUGCGGAGGUGUGGACGCGGAGGUGCGAGCCGUGUGUCUCACCGAGCGAGAGGGGGACGGGGCAGAGCUGGGACUCAGUUUCGGUAACAUCCCGAUAUUCGGGGAUCCGGAGGGGGAGGACAGGAAGAAGGGAGGGAGGAGGAGGAGGAGGAGGAAGGGGGAUCAGGGACCCGUGUUGGACGUGGGCUGUAUCUGGGUGACGGAAGUGAGGAAGAGAAGUCCCGCGGCGAGGUGCGGUAGAAUCAAACUACGAGACGAGGUGCUGUCACUCAACGGUCAGCUGAUGGUGGGCGUCGACGUCACGGGAGCCAGUUACCUGGCUGACCAGUGCUGGAAUGGAGGCUGCAUCUACCUGAUCAUGCUGCGAAGGAUCAAGCGUAAAGCCCCUCUCCCUCCGUGCAAUGGAAACGGCAACGCCACCGUCACCGGUGGCAGCGGUGGCAUCCAAGUUGGCCGAAACUCCCUGGACCGUAGGAGCAACGUGUCCUCCGAGCCUCUUGACAGCCUUGCGACGCAGACCGGUGGCAGCAAACGGACGCGAAAGUUUGGCAUCAUCGCCCGGUCGACGUUCAAUCGUGACAGUAAAGAGCUGGGCCCUAAGAACGAGAGCUGGGACGAUGGCGGUGGGGAAACGCCGGAGAACGGUUACCGCGGCUCCUCUGCGAUCUCCAUGGACACGAAGGUCACGCCCCCAGAGCCUAGUAGCUGCACACCUUCCAUGGACACGCCCCCGGAGGAGGAGCCAAGAGAACCAGGACCAGGGACUUCUCGGCCCCCUCUAGCGAUCCCACUUCAUCUGCAGAACGGUGGAGGAACCGCCACCCUGCCGAUUCGCUUACACAGAGGACUGUCACAACACAAGACAGAGUCCCUCAGCAGUGAUACCUCCAGUCAGCCCAGAGAGGGGAGUCGUAUCUGGAAGAUGCACAUGGUGAAAGGUCAGGAGGGGCUGGGGAUCCAGAUUACGGGAGGACGAGGGUCCAAGCGCUCCCCGCACGGCAUCAUCAUAGCGCACGUGGAGGAGGGCGGCGCUACACAGAGGGACGGACGUCUGAAGGCUGGUGAUGAGCUCCUGAUGAUCAACGGUCAGUCUCUGGUUGGCCUGUCUCAUUCAGAGGCUGUAGACAUCCUACGCUCUACCGCUGGACUGGUACAACUGGUCGUCGCUAGCAGGGAGGAGUCAGAGGUGGAUUUCCACCGGUACCCGUCCACCAGCCUGCCAGACCUGGUCAGUACCUGCGCCUCGUCUUCUUCCUCCUCUGCUUCUCCCAGCGACAAUCAGGAGAACAUGGAACCUCAUCCCAGGCACGGAGGUUGGGAGGACCUGACAGCCAGCAGCCUCAGUCUCUCUCGGUCUCGACCUACCAUACUGACUGAUCUGGAGAAGCUAGAGGACCGAGGCCGGGUGGAGGGACAGAAAGAAACCUGCCGCUCUCCUACAUCCAUGAAGUUCAGGAGCAGAUCACAAGGGGGCGGUAGUCGUCUGGAGUCUGUUGGAGAGGAUGACGAGCUGAUUGUGGAGAAUGGAGAGGCGAAGAGUGACAUGGUGGAGAAACCGACACGAGGUGGACGCAAACACUCCCUGCCUCAGCAGUUAGACACUGUGGGCAUCCGUCAGAGCUCACUACGCCACACCCCCAAAGCUGACUACGUCACAGCCCCAGAGCUCACUACGCCACACCCUCAGAGCUCACUACGCCACAUCCCCAGAGCUCAUUACGCCACACCCUCAGAAGCUGACUACGUCACACCCCCAGAGCUGACUACGUCACACCCCCAGAGCUGA